AAUCGUAUGGGCAGGGAGAAAUAGAGAGAGGGGAGAGAGAGAGAGAGAGAGAGGGGGGGAGAGAAUGGAGGGCUACGUUCCCAUUUUGGCUCAGGUCGUGGUUCAGUCACUGAUAGCAGGCAUGUACCUAUUGACUACGGCUGCAUUCGCGAAUGGCAUGAGCCCCUUUGUUUUUGUAACGUACAGGGGCAUCGUAGCAACCCUAUUCUUGGCUCCCUUUGCUCUAUUACUAGAAAGGUGUCAUAAGUCUUGUUGUUGUAAAUGCAGGGAGACGCGGCCUCCACUAUCCAUUAAAACUCUAUGUCAGAUUUUCUUACUCGCACUCUUAGGGAUCGCAAUAACCCAGAAUGGAUAUCUCACUGCAAUUGCUCUCACAUCUUCCACUUUUGUUUCCACUUCCGCAAAUCUCAUACCAGCCGUAGCUUUUCUUAUGGCUAUCUUCCUGAGAUUGGAGAAAUUUGAUAUAAAGCAUAUAAGAGGAAAGGCAAAAAUUUUCGGCACAGUUACAUGUGUUGCAGGUGCUACGAUCAUGACACUGGUGAAAGGUCCUGUCCUUACAUCCGUUGGAUACCUUAAAGCGAAUGGGUCUCUUGCCUCACUCUUGGGAGUAGCAUCAUUUAACCCAUCAAGUGAUUGGACUUUGGGAAUAAUUCUUAUUUUCUUGAGCAUUUUAGGUUGGUCGGCAUGGCUAAAUUACCAGGCAUGGGCAUUCAAUGAUUACCCAGCUCCAAUAUCCCUGACUGUACUCAUGUGCUUCAUGGGAAUAUUUCCUUCUGCUUUGAUUGCCCUUCUAGUUGCAGAUUCAACAGCUUGGAGGCUCAAGUGGGAUAUGCAUCUCUUCACCUAUAUUUACAGUGGUGUUCUUUGUACAGCAUUCCAAUUCUUUGUUCAAAGUUGGUGCAUCAAAAUCAAAGGCCCUGUUUUCCCUGCUGCAUUCUAUCCAGUUUGCACCGUCAUAGUAUCCAUCCUCGAGCCUAUCGUCUUCCAUGUUCAUCUCCACGUCGGGAGUGUCGUUGGAAUAGUUACUGUUAUUGCUGGACUUUAUUGUGUGCUAUGGGGCAAAGCAAAGGACGAGAACGUUACAGAGAUUAGGACACAAGAAUCCCCGAAUCUCAAGGAAAAGGCCGCGUUACACCUCACAAUAAAGGAGCCUUUGUUGAAAUAAUGGUAGAUAGAAGCACCUAAUGUCCUACGGAAAGAUAAUGGUGUACUCAAUCGAGUCGAUGUCAAAUGUCAAUUAUCCUACAAAGAGAAGAGAAUGGUGUAUUGCAUUCCAAAUUUGGGUAGGGGACUUAAUAAUAGUGAAUUUUGUUGUAUAUUUUUACUCAACGAUACAGGUUUCUAUUAGUCUUAGGACUCAAGUAAAAGUUUAUUUUUGAUAUGGAUUUUGGACCUAUGUUUUAAAGAA